AAGAAAUAUUAAAUCUACGAAGUACAUAUUUGUAAAUAAAUAACUUCUAUGCAUAAAACAUGCCUUCUGUUUCGGAAACAGACUCUCCUUUUAUGAAUGGAACUUUAAGCGAUGAACAAGCUUCUCGUAAAGAUGCGAAUGAUGUCGUAUUUAUCCUAACAAGCUCCUUUCUCAUUUUCACUAUGCAAUCAGGUUAUGCUCUUUUAGAAUCUGGCAUCGUGUCUAGAAAAAAUGAAGUGAAUAUUUUAGUGAAAAACGCCACAAAUGUUCUGACUGGAGGUUUUGCAUAUUGGGCUUUUGGUUUUGCUCUUAGCUACGGAAAGACAUAUUCUAAUCUUUUCAUUGCAGUUGGUUCUUUUUUUAUCACCGCCACGCCAGAUGAAAUGGGAGUUGUUUACUCGAAAUUCGUCUUUGAAUUAGCUUACGCAACGACUGCAACAACUUUAGUAUCGGGGGCAAUGGCAGAACGAUGCAAAUUCACCAGUUACUGUUUCAUCACUGUUUUGGGAAUACUUGUUUACAGUAUUCCAGCUGGCUGGAUGUGGCGAGAAAACGGACUUCUUGCUUCAUUGGGUGCUGUGGAUGUUGGAGGAUCAGGUGUUGUGCAUCUCGUUGGUGGAAGCUGUGGAUUAGUGGCGGCCAUCAUUCUUGGACCACGGACUGGCCGCUAUGAUCGUGGUACUCAAAUCCUGCCUUUAGGAAAUCCUACAAAUGCCUUGCUAGGCCUCUUCAUGCUGUGGUGGGGAUGGUUAGGUUUCAGUGCUGGUAGUACAACUGGUAUUGUUGAUAAUAAAUGGAAAUAUUCUUCUAGAGCUUCAGUAACAACUAUUUUGGCAUCAACUGGCGGGGGUCUAGUUGGUAUGAUUUUUAGCUAUUUUGCAAAGGAUGGAAUUCAUGAUGUUGCAAUCCUGAUGAAUGCAGUCAUGGGAUCUUUAGUGGCUAUAUCAGGAGGUUGCACAAUUGUUCGUCCAUGGGAAUCCAUUGUGAUCGGGAUGGUAGCAGGCUUGAUAGUUCUUUUUGCAAUACCUCUCAUAGACCGAUUGCACAUUGAUGAUCCAACCAACACAUUUGCAGUCCAUGGAACAGCCGGUGCAUGGGGACUUCUUGCAAUUGGUCUCUUCUCCGUUGGUGAUAACAUGAAAAACUAUACAAGAGGGCUAAAUGGAUUGUUCAAAGGUGGAGGAUGGAGACUUUUUGGAGCACAGGCAUUGUCUUGUGGUGUACUUUUUGCCUGGAGUUUUGCUGUUUCCGCUGUCUUGUUUUAUGCAGUUGACAAAACAGUUGGUCUAAGAAUGCCUCUGGAAGAAGAAGUUUUAGGACCAGAUUACGUCGACCAUUGCCUCAAACACGAUGGCAACUCUAAAAUCAUUGAAAAAUUUAAAGCGAGGAAACGCAGAAUGAGACGUUUUUAAAAUGCCAGAACUGAAAACUUAAUAAGGAAGAAUGCAUACUUUUUUUUAUUAAUUUGUGUCCUUAUUUAUUUAAUAACUGUCACUUUUAUUCAAUAAAAAAAAAGUAGU